UAGCUCCGCCCCCACGCAGCCCCGCCCCUCGGGGCGACCGGAGCUGUGGGCGCCGAGCCGCCCCAGUCCCCGCGGCGCCGCGGGCUGGUGGGCUCGCCUUCUGCUGCUCCGCCCGGGACAUGACACUCCCCGGUGGCCCGACGGGCAUGGCGCAGCCGGGGGACCCUGGGCACGGCAGCCCGGCGCUGGCUCGGGCCCCGCGGCGGAGCGUCGGGGAGCUGCGCCUGCUCUUCGAGGCUCGGUGCGCCGCGGCGGCGGCGGCGGCGGCGGCCGGGGCCCCUCGGGCUCCCCGGGGUAAGCGGCGCGGGGGACGGGUCCCUAACGGGCUGUCGCACCCGGCCCCUACAGCGACCCCGCCCCCGGCCCCGGCCCCAGCCCCGGCCCCAGCCCCGGUGAUGAUUCCCCAGCUGACUGUGACCGCCGAGGAGCCGGACGGGGCUCCGUCGAGCCCGGGGCCGCCGGAGCCAGAGGGCGACUGGCUCAACACCGCGGGCUCCACGCACCUGCAGCAGCCCCGCCGCCUCUCCACCUCGUCCGUCUCCUCCACCGGCUCCUCGUCGCUGCCCGAGGACUCCGAGGACGAUCUGCUGAGCGACAGCGAGAGCCGGAGCCGCGGCAACGUGCAGCUGGAGCAGAGUGAAGAAGUGGUCCAGUGCCAUCUCUGUAUUCCCCAGCCCUGGAAGGCAUCACAGAGAAACCCCUGGCAGAAGAUCCGAACCAUGGUGAACCUGCCGGUUAUCAGUCCUUUUAAAAAGCGCUACGCCUGGGUGCAGCUGGCGGGUCACACGGGAAGUUUCAAGGCUGCAGGAACAAACGGGAUGAUCUUGAAGCGCUGUUCAGAGCCGGAGCGCAGCUGCUUAGCCCGUCUGAUGGGCGACGCGCUUCGAGGCUGCGUGCCCAUGUUCCACGGCGUAGUGGAGCGCGACGGUGAAAGCUACCUGCAGCUUCAGGACCUGCUGGCCGGCUUCGACGGGCCCUGCGUGCUUGACUGCAAGAUGGGCGUCAGGACUUACCUGGAAGAAGAGCUGACCAAGGCGCGAGAGCGGCCCAAGCUUCGCAAGGAUAUGUACAAGAAGAUGGUGGCUGUGGACCCCUCGGCCCCGACGGAUGAAGAACACGCGCAGCGAGCGGUUACCAAGCCACGCUACAUGCAGUGGCGGGAGGGGAUCAGCUCCAGCACCACGUUGGGCUUCCGCAUCGAGGGCAUCAAGAAAGCCGAUGGCUCCUGCAGCACCGACUUCAAGACUACCCGAAGCAGGGAGCAGGUGAUUCGAGUGUUCGCCGAAUUUGUAGAAGAGGAUGCUGAGGUCUUGAGAAAAUAUCUGAACCGACUGCAACAGAUCAGAGACACCCUAAGCGUGUCAGAGUUCUUCCGGAGACACGAGGUAAUCGGCAGCUCCCUUCUCUUCGUGCACGAUCAUAGUCGUCGCACGGGCGUGUGGCUCAUUGACUUCGGCAAGACCACUCAGCUGCCUGAUGGGCAAACCCUGGACCACAGGAGGCCCUGGGAAGAAGGCAACCGAGAGGAUGGGUACCUAAUGGGGCUGGACAAUCUCAUCAGCAUCCUGGCGAGCUUGGCUGAGAGAUGAGGCUGGUCCCGUCCCCACCCCAGAGUUCCUCGGGUCGCCAUCGGAUAGACCUUCGGCUGCUGCUGCCCGCUGGUCUUGCAUGCACAGGACUUAAGGAAUCCAGGCUUGCAAUCCCAAGGAUUCCAAGAUAGACCCUGCAGUACUCCCGGCCUCCACUGGGAGGGGGGGCUUGCAGAUUGACUGACGGCUAGGAGUGUACAUAUGCCACAGCUCCGGCCCUCCUAAAGAGGAAUGACACUAAUUGGGAGGAAGAAGCAACAGUUUCUUUCUUCCUCCUUCCCCUUGCCCAUCCCUGGGAGAGAGGGACUGCUAUGGAGCCCUUUGGGUAGGGGGAGGGGGGAGGAAGGGAGACGAUUUGGGAGUUUUAAUUCACAACUGACCUGUAUGGUCCCGCCUUUCAACACUAGGGGGAAGGGGCGAGUUGCCUCUCUCCUUCCCUUCCCUUCCCUUUCCAAUAAAACUCACUGAUGCAGGUUCCUGUGUCUUCUUACCCCACUCCCCUCCCGUAGAAUCCAAUAAUUUAGGAUUUGAAAGAAAAUUUGGC